CUGAAAAGAACCAAGAUCGCCCCUUCUGCUGAGCAUUCAUGGCCUCAAUAGGUUGCUAUCAGCUCAUCUUCCUAAGUCAAAUCUGGUGUGGGCUUCGUGCAGUAGUUGGUGUCCCACAAGAAGUUGAGGCAACCUGUAAUGAAGAUGCUUUUCUUCCUUGUAAGGUUUUCCAGGAUCUACAGCUCACAAGUGGAACUGUCUCAUGGUAUAAGAUUGAUGAAAACAACAAAGAACUGAAGGAUGUGGAAUAUAAUAAAGAACAUGCAUAUUCAAGAGGAUUUAACGACUCCUUAGAGAUUUCUAACAGCACCUGGCAUUUUCUGAAGAUUAAACAUGCUACACACUUCAGUAGUGGAACUUAUAAAUGUAUCUUACUGGAACCAGUCAGAAAAUACAACCAAAGUACAGUUAUACUCAGAGUAAUAGGCUGUCCUGAGGAAUCGCAAAAUCUGAAACUCAAAAAAUAUACCACAGAACUCAUGUUGCUGAGCUCUAUUGGGACCUUCUAUUUGUUACUUAUCAUCCUUACUUGUACAUGUUUAAAAGAGAGAAGAUCUUCUGAUCAGCAUAAAUCUGAAAAGCAAACUCUGGCUUUAUAGUACCUGUUGAAAGAAUGGUUUCUAUUACCCAAUAUUGGACAGCAUUGGGAAAGACAAUCUUAUCAGUUAAUUUGGUGGUGCUGUCAAGGUUCUUUCCUGAUAAUUUGGUGGCGCUACAAAAAGCUCGUCAAUAGUACUAUGUCAUCAAAUAGAUAUUGUCACAAUUCUGUAGGUGAAGGAUAUGACUCUGUAAAUUGCCUAACUCAGUCUGGUACUCUUUAGGUUGGGACUACAAGUCCUCACAUUUCAUGACCAGUGAGUAUUUUGUGACUCAUCAGGAUUAUCAGAUGUAGUUUCAGAUUUGCACUAAAGUCCAAAUGUCCCUCCCUACCAAUCACUCAGUGCAAUUAUUGGUAGCUUUUAAGUGCACCAACUUCUGGAUUCCUCCAGUUAUGAUAGUAAGGCAAACGGAAACUAUCACAGCAAGAAAAAACUUAAGCUCAGCAAUUACCCAGUGACUGAAAUCUUAUCAACUGGGAUCUCAAUUCUCUGUAUGGAUUUGAAAACAUAUCUGGGAAGGCCCUUUGUAUUGUACCAUAUACUUAGUAAGAGGUAAGAAAAAUCCAGAGAACAUUACAAGUAUUCCUCAUUCAAUGGCCACUCAUUCAGCGACCAAAGUUAUGAUGGCACUUGUAAUGUAUCUUUAAGAGUUUUGGAGGGAAAACUGAGCGGGAAAAAGCACGUUGCUGAUUGGAUAAAGCCUCUGGCUAAACUGUAUAUAAAGAGAGGGUUUUCCCAGCCCGAGCCGCUGGGUUCACCAUAUAGUAAAG